UACACAGCCAUCUGCAACUGAUGCAGACGUCAAAUGGCACUUAUAUGAGCUGCUGCUGGUUACAAAAACAAGUUUGAAGCAGUGCUUCAGAUAUUUAAUGCAGCAUCUUCGUUAAUUUAAUUUCCUUGACCAUUGUUUGCUUUAUUUUUAUCUGAAACUUUGAAAAGAUUGCUCCACGUUAUCUAAACACAGUGAACGGCUGUCACCAGCGAGGCUGAAAUGAUUUAGCCUCCAGAGAUCACGGUUUAUUCUGCAUUGGGCACGCGGCUGACUAAAAUCAUGCAUCUUGACCAUGUGGGAUUUGUAAGCGCAUAUAAAAUAGAACAAUCACAAUAAUAUGUUCUGUGUUAUUUCUCUGCGUUACUUGUAGUGCAUAAUGGAUGUGUGCGUCUUGAUGUUUUCUGUGUGGUAUUUCUCAUUUCAGGUCUGCGCUGAGUGGACAUGUAGGAUACUGGGAAAUUUCGGAAUGCCUGCUUUAUUUAAGAACGGAGAUGUUAUAAUCGGAGGUAUUUUCCCCGUUUUUAACAAACAAGAACAUAUCUACACCCCUUUUCAAACGGAACCACCAAAAGCAAGCUGCGUUGGGUUUGAUCUGCGAGCAUUUCGAUGGACACAAGGAAUGAUAUUUGCCUUAGAAGAAAUUAACUCAGACUACAGUUUGCUUCCCAACAUUACACUGGGAUAUCAAAUCGUCGACUCCUGUGCCUCUCCCACUCAAACUUUAAGAGCUGCUUUCACAUUAAUAAACGGACAAGAGGAGAUUCAGUCUGAUUCAGGAUGUAAUAUUUCCAUGCCUGCAGUUAUUGCUGAAUCUGGAUCUUCUCAAUCAAUUGCAAUUGCUAGGACGAUUGGACCCUUCACAAUGCCUUUGGUCAGCUACUUUUCAACUUGUUCGUGUCUCAGCAACAAAAAAGAGUUUCCAACUUUUUUCCGCACAAUUCCCAGUGAUUUUUAUCAGGCUAAAGCAUUAGCUCUGCUCGUUAAGCGCUUUGGAUGGUCGUGGAUUGGAGCUAUUGAAUCUGAAAAUGAUUAUGGAAGAUUUGGGGUUCAGUCUUUCACAGAGGAAGUUCAGAAAUAUGGUGUUUGCAUCGCCUUCACCGAAACCAUUUUAAGGACCUACCCCAGACAUAAAAUACUCAAAGUAGUUGACACUAUCAAGGAGUCAACAGCAAAAAUCAUACUAGCGUUUGUUCCAGAAGGUGACCUGUAUCCUUUAAUGCAAGAAAUUACAAGACAAAAUAUUACUGGAAUACAGUGGAUAGCAAGUGAGGCAUGGGUAACAGCAGCGAGACCCUCCACUGAAGAAAUAUUCAAGUCUUUUGGUGGCACAAUAGGGUUUGCAACUCGCAAAAUGGCAAUUCCAAAAUUCAAAGAAUUCCUGCUCAACAUCCAUCCAUCUGUCUAUCCUGGCAGCAGUUUUGUUAAGGAAUUCUGGGAAAACAUAUUUGGGUGCAGUCUGCUUUUGAAAGAGGAGCCCCCUAAACACAAUGGUACUCAGGGCAGCACUAAGACAUGCACAGGAAAAGAGAGACUGGACGCAAUAGAAAAUGCUUUCUUUGAUGUCUCACAACUAAGAGUGACGUACAACGUAUACAAAGCAGUGUAUGCUGUAGCACAUGCACUUCAUGACUUACUGUUCUGUGAAAAGGGAGAAAAUAGCACCAUUAAACUCUGUGGAGAUAUUGCAGGAUUGAAGCACUGGCAGGUCACCGAACAUCUAAAAAAAGUCAGUUUUGUAAACUGUUUUGGAGAAGCUGUGUACUUUGAUGAGAACGGCGAUCCCCCUGCUGCCUAUGACAUUAUAAACUGGCAACUCAACAAAGGAGUGGUCAGCCAUGUGACAGUGGGUCACUUUGAUACAUCACCAGAUGGAGGCAGUCAGCUAGUGAUUGAUGAGGACAGUAUUGUCUGGAGCACUGGGAGAGAGGUUCCUAAAGCAGUGUGUUCUGAGAGCUGCCCCCCAGGCACAAGAAGAGCAGCCAGGAAAGGCCAGCCCAUCUGCUGCUUCGAUUGCAUUCCUUGUGCUGAUGGUACCAUAGCAAACACCACAGGUGCCGCUGAGUGUAUUCAUUGUCCACAGGACUACUGGUCUAAUGAUGGAAAACACAGCUGCAUCCUCAGAGACAUUGAGUUUCUUUCCUACUAUGAUGCAAUGGGAAUCACACUCACUACUGUGUCAUUGUUUGGACUCUGCUUGACAGUAGUAAACGGUGAAUCGACUUGCAGCAUCCUGGCAAAAUUUGGUAUGUCUGGAUUAUUUAAAGAUGGAGAUUUAGUUAUCGGUGGAAUCUUCCCUGUUUUAACCAAAGAGGAGCAGCGCUCUGUCUCGUACAAAACCCACCCACCGGCACCAGAAUGUUCUGGGUAA